AAUCAAUCAUUGGACAAAAUUACGAAGUAGGAAAGAUGGCAGCCUCCAUGAGAAUUGUAAAUUUGUUUAGAGGACAAAAUCAAAAAUUGGCGCAUACAGGUCGAGUCAUAACUAUACCAUUCCAACGUACAUAUGUUUUGACAGACACUGAAGAUCCUGAGUUUGAUGAACAAGAAUACGAGUUAAAACUCGCCAAAAUUAGGGAUUGCUCAGGAUUGAAUCGUGCACAGAAGUUGAAACAUUAUGGCAAAAUGCCUGAUGUUAUUUUUACAGAAGGUUUUCGUGGAAAAAGAAGAAAUAAACUGAGACGAUUAUAUGCAGCACAUGGUGAAGCUUCGGGAAUCAACCCAGGUGUAAUGUACCCUAGCAGAGAAGAGCUGUCAGACCUGUGGGAUAUUGAGAAUAACUGGACACAGUCUUUCCAAGAGAUGAAAACAAAUAUGGAAAAUAAAAAAGCAGCAGAAUUAGAAGCGGACAGAAUCAGAUAUGAAAAGAUAGAGAAUGCAAUGGCUAACAUGGACAAAAUGGUGAAACAGUACCUAGAUAAACAGAAGAAAACUGAGGAAGAUGAAAGGAGAAAAGACCAGACUGACACUCUUUUAGAAGAGUUUAAAGAACAGUAUGGUUUUAAUGUGAGGCCAGAUUCUGUUCAGUUCAAGACUUUCAAAAGAAUGAAAAGUGAAGAACAGAAACUGUUGAAAUCAAAACAAAAGAAAGAGGAAAAGAAAGCAUCUAGUUUAAAAAAUUUGCAAAAAGUUUUAGAGAAAGAGGCAAGUUCAAAGUCAUAGUGUGUUCAAGUUUGGGAGUCUUAAACUUCUAUUAGACAAUCAAUAUCUGCACUGUUGUUUGCAAGAAAAUAGUUGUUUUCUUUUCCAACAAAACAGUGUUUAGAAAUUAAUAAAGUGAAUGUAUUGACCAA